AUGCCAAAAGUUGAUUUGAAGAAAGACAAAGGUAUCACUCAAAUGCACAUUGAUUACAUGAAGAAGUUUGAAAAGGAGAACCUGUUGCGAGUCCAAAAGCUCAAGCGAGUCCGCCAGCGGAACUUCUUGACAGGUCUGCUUCUUGGUGCAGGAGUCCUUAGUAUUUAUACCUAUUCUAUUGUAGCAGUGAAGCAAGAAAAGUUCCUGGAUGACUUUGAAGAUCCAGUAGAGCAGAGUAAAGAGUUAUAA